AACACACGCACCCACAUGCCCCGGGGCUUUUCAGAGUACAGGCGCGGGCACAGGCACAGGCAACCGGCCAUAGAGUUCAGGUUGGGAGACGCUACGACUGGCUCUUCCCCAUUUUGACGCAUUCAAGUACCAACCCACAUAUUCCAACUUCGGCAUGUUCCAGCCUGGGCCGACGGCGUAUGUCCACGUCUCUAACGGCUACGGGUCCGUCCAUGGCCUUCCCGAGUACACGUUCGAGGAGACGCCAUUAGGCUUGAGCAGCGGCGGCGGGGUGUUUGGCGGAAGUCCUGGAACGUCAGACGCAGGCAGUGCCCUGAUUUAUACGUCCCCUAUCUUCAGCGCCAGCAACAUGGGCGUCGGCCCCGCAUCUGGCACCUUCCACUUCCACGCCAACUCCAACUCGACGUCGCCUGCUUCCAACUCUGCGUCGCCCAUCACCAACCACCAACCCUCUCCCGCACCGCAUUUUUCCAUGGUCAAGAUGGAGGUCAACUCGGACGACUUAGCUGCCCAGGAGGCGGCCGCGCGGGAAUAUCAACCGCAGCUCAAUGGACCGCUUAUUGGCAACAAGAUGCCCAGCACGGCAAUCACGGAGGAAUAUGCAAAGGCCGAUCCGAUUUACGUGCAGAAGACAAUGGCUCUGCCUCAAACAUACUCACACUACCGUCCUGUCCAAGGCGACGGCAAUUGCGGUUGGCGGGCAAUUGGCUUCGGCUACUUCGAGACUUUGAUCAAAAGUGGCAAUAAAGCGCUGAUCGAGUCUGAGAAACAGCGCCUCGAGACUCUCAACGACUUCAUCGAGACUGUGGGUGGCUUGUCGGCCCUUGUAUUCCAAGACAUGGCCGACGAGACAAUCGAGCUCCUGCAGAGGAUUGCAGGAGCCAUUGGCAAUCGGGAAAAGGCCAUGGCAGAGCUAACCGAGGCUUUCAACAACGGUGACAUCUCAAACUCCAUCAUGUACCAUUUCCGGCUCCUGGCGAGCUCCUGGCUCAAGGGCAACCGCGAAGCCUUUGCGGCUUUCAUCACCUCGGACAUGGGCAUUGACGGAUAUUGCCAGGCUGUCAUUGAGCGCCACAACGUCGAAAUCGAGCACCUCGGCAUUAUGCUGUUGGUCAAUGUUCUCCUGAAGCCCGCUGGCUUUGUGUUGGAGAUUGCCUAUCUUGACCGAAGCGUGGCGAGCGAGGUUAACACGUACCGCUUUCCCGAUGAAGCCAACGACCAGCACCCUUCGGCCCUUGGGCCAAUCAUUCAUCUACUCUACCGGCCCGACCACUACGAUAUCCUUUAUGCCGUCGAUAUGGACCGCCAGGUUCACCGUGUGACGGGGUUCUCGCAAAGCUACGAGAUUGCCAACACCCCCGCUGCCCUCCAUGCUUUUACGGCUGUAGACUUGCAGCCACUUUCGAUGAUACCAGGGUUCAGCCAGCCUCCCCCGGGACUUGCCCCCAUCAUGGACACCACUACUAGCUCGCCCUUGGCAGCCUUCACUCCAAGCCCAGCGUCUUCAUGGAUGCCAUCGCCCUUGCCGUUUGCUGAACCACUUCCCGGUAUUGCCCCUACGACACCCCAGCAGGACCAUCCGGUACGGUUCAACAAAUACUGUCAACUGCCCGAGUACGUGGCAAACGGGGUGUGGAGGGAGCCGACAUUCCUUACGACAACAUUUAAAAACAGCCACUUCAACGUGGCACACUAUAACAAUCCCAACUUUCAACCAGAGGAGUACAAGCCAGAAGCAGACGAAUACGAUCUGCCGCAGCGACCCAGCUGCAGAAAGAGGGGAAGCUUGUAGGGUUGCUCCUGUAGGCAAGCUCUAUAAAGACGCCAGGAGAGGACACGGAAACAGCUUAACGAAGAAGACGAUAUAUCCGAUAAUAAUUCAGCGCUUGGAAAUCAUCCGUGCAGCAUGGAUGGAUGAAACGUGAUAAUGAUCACGAAUCAAUGACCCAGCUAAUUUUUGCUGCUUCUUUCUUUCGCUCUUCCGCUCAAAAA